AUGGCUCGGACGCAUCACCUUCACCGGCUGAUCUUCAUCCUCCUCCUCCUCCUCAACAGCCUCCAGUGCGACUCUGGAGAGGGGGCUCGGACCCGACAUAAGAGGGAUAUCAGCAAUGACCAGCCUCGUAUGGCUUCAGACAGCGGUCACCUGAUCUUCUCGACCGGAGAUCACAAAAACAUCCGCUUCCAGACCAGCGGCUCUGGGACCGUGCAGGUGGGGAGCGAGGAUCUGACACAGCUGAUCGGCCAGAUCAAAAUCAACAAAGAUGACAUCAAUAACAUCAAAGAGAACGGCGGUGGAACUUCCCCAGAAGUGACCAACAAGCUGAAUGAGCUCAGCACUAAAGUUUCAACACUGGAGUCAAAAGUGCAAACCAUCGAACAGACGGUGCAGAGGAGGACCUGUGGCAGUAACCCCUGUCAGAAUGGGGGUACCUGCCUGAACCUGCUGGAUGCCUUCCACUGCAUCUGCCCAAACAACUGGCAGGGUCCCAUCUGUGCCACGGACGUAAACGAGUGUCAGAUCUACACAGGAACUUCACAGGGCUGUCAGAAUGGAGCCACCUGUGUCAACACACCUGGGUCUUACAGUUGUACGUGCUCUGCAGAAUGGUACGGCCCACACUGCACCUCUCGCUAUGACGACUGCCAGGCUGGGGGCCAGGACCUGUGUGUACAUGGACUCUGCAUCGACUCUGAUAGGGUCACACCCAACCAGCCCAAGUAUAAGUGCAUCUGUGAUGCGGGGUGGGCGGCGCCCGCUGGAAGCCCGGCCUGUACUGCGGACGUGGACGAGUGCAGCCUUCCCAGCAAGCCUUGCUCCACUAACCCCCCCGUGCAGUGCUUCAACACAAUGGGGUCCUUCUACUGUGGCCCCUGCCCUGCAGGCUGGCAGGGGAAUGGAUACAGCUGCCAGGAUGUGGAUGAGUGCACCACCAACAACGGAGGCUGCUCCAUGUCCCCUGUGGUACAGUGUCUCAACACAAUGGGUUCCUACCACUGCGGACCCUGUCCUCCAGGCUAUGAAGGCGAUGGAAGGACCUGCACUCAGGCCAACAUCUGCGCCACCAACAAUGGAGGCUGUUACCCCCUGGCCACUUGCUCAUCUUCUCCAGGGAGCACCAUCCCCAUCUGCACCUGCCCCCCGGGGUAUGCUGGGAAUGGGUACGGCCCCUCGGGGUGCGCCCAGGUCAGUGACGUCUGCCAGAACAGCAACCCCUGCGUCAACGGCCAGUGCGUGAGCACUACCACUGGCUACAUCUGCACAUGUGACCCGGGAUGGGCGGGGACCAACUGUGACCAGAACAUUAACGAGUGUGUCAGCAACCCCUGCCAGAACGGGGGUACCUGCACCGACGGAAUCAACGGGUACAGCUGUACCUGCACUUCACAGUGGACCGGACCCCAGUGCCAGACUGCCCAGCAAGCCUGUGGAGGGUACCUGACUGGCCCCGCCGGCACCUUCAGCUAUCCCAACACCCCCGGGAGCGACCAGUAUGAUCACAUGGUCAGCUGCGCCUGGGUCAUUCGUGUUGACCCUAAUAAGAUCGUGCGGAUAACCUUCCCUCACUUCGAGCUGGAGAGCAGCUCCAACUGCAUCUACGACUUCCUGCAGAUCCACGACGGCGAGAGCGCCGCGGGCCACCAGCUCGGCCGCUACUGCGGCACCAGCGCCCCCGCCGAGCUCCUCAGCUCCCACAAUUCCCUCUACUUCUGGUUCCGCUCCGACCACUCCGUCAACGCCGGCGGCUUCACCGUGGCCUGGCAGGCCCAGCUACCAGUUUGUGGGGGAUCCCUGACUGACCUGUAUGGGUCCAUAAACUCCCCCGGUUAUCCUGGCAACUACCCUCCGAAUCGCGACUGCUACUGGAUGGUGAACGUGAACCCCGGCCUGCUCAUCCAAUUCGCCUUCGGAACCCUGAGCCUGGAGCACCAUGACAACUGUAACUAUGAUUACCUGGAGAUCCGGGACGGACUGCUGUCGGACGACCCUGUCCUGGGGAGGUUCUGCAGCACGGGCUCCCCCGCCCCGGUCCAGACCACCGGGCCCGCCGCCUGGGUCCACUUCCACUCUGACUACAGCGUGAGCGACCGCGGCUUCCACAUCACCUACACCACCUCGCCCUCCGACCCGGGGUGCGGGGGCACCUUUACCGACAGCGAGGGCAUCAUCAUCUCCCCCAACUGGCCGAACAACUACGCCCACAACCGCCAGUGCGUCUACAUCAUCCGCCUGCCGCCCAAUGAGGUCGUCUCCCUCAACUUCACCCACAUGGAGCUGGAGUCCCACAGCGGCUGUGCUUUCGACUACGUGGAGGUACGAGACGGGAUGGCGGAAACGAGCGCUCUGAUUGGGAAGUACUGCGGCUCCACGCUGCCCGCCCCCGUCACCUCCAGCUCCAACGCGCUCUGGGUCCGCUUCAAAUCCGACGGCUCCGUCAGCCGCGCGGGCUUCCGGGCCAAGUACGAAGUCGGCUGUGGCGGGACCCUGUCCGGAUCUGGCCAGAUCCGCUCGCCCUUCCACCCCAACUCUUACCCCCACGACAAGACCUGCGAGUGGGUCAUCAACCAGCCGCCGGGCUACGUGGUCACCCUGUCCUUCCUCACCUUCGACAUCGAGACCAGCUCCAGCUGUCGCUACGACUACGUGGAGGUGAGAGACGGCUCCACGGCAAACUCCCCUCUGAUUGGCCGAUACUGUGGGAACCAGGAGCCGGACCUGGUCCAGUCCACGCAGAGGUCCAUGUUCAUCCGCUUCAGGACCGAUGCGUCUGUCAGUAACCAUGGCUUCACGGCGCAGUACGAGUCGGCGGAAGAAGGUUGUGGGGAAACACUGAAUGACCCCUCGGGCACAGUCACCAGCCCGGGUCAUCCCACCAACUAUCCACAUGGAGCCAACUGCACCUGGUUCAUUUCUGUCGCCCCCGGUAACAUCAUCCGCCUCUCUUUCACCUCCUUCAACCUGGAGUACCACCAUAACUGUCUCUAUGACUACGUGGAGGUGUACGACAACGGCACGGCUGAGACCGGGACGAAGCUGGGCAGGUACUGCGGGCGGUCCGUCCCGCCCUCUCUGACCAGCACGGACAACCUGCUGACCAUCCUCUUCGUCUCGGACGCCAGCCUGGCCACCGAGGGCUUCUCGGCGAACUACGUGUCGAUGAACGCCACCACGGACUGCAGUGAGGUGUUCACCUCCCCCACAGGGGUGCUGAGUUCCCCGAAUUACCCCCUCAACUACCCCGUCAACCGCCAGUGCAUCUACCGCAUCAUCGUGGGCGUCAACAUGCAGAUCAUGCUCAACUUCACAGAUUUCCUCCUGGAGGGGUACACCCCGUACUGCAGAUAUGACUACCUGGAGAUCAGGGAUGGGGGCUAUGAGACCUCCCCUCUGAUUGGGACGUACUGCGCCAACCAGAGGCCACCCCUGCUGGUCUCCCACAGCAACAGGCUGUGGAUAAAAUUCCGCUCCGACUUUUCUGCGACCUUCAGGGGAUUCACAGCGCACUGGGAUGGCACUCAGUCAGGCUGUGGAGGGACCCUGACCACCAGCACGGGCAGCUUCUCCUCUCCGAACUACCCCCUGCCCUACCACCCCAGCGCCGAGUGCUACUGGCACAUCAAAGUGAGCGCAGGCAGCCGCAUACACCUGCAGUUUGGGGACUUCCACCUGGAGGCCAGCAGCAGCUGCACCUACGACUACCUGGCAGUGUACGAUGGAAACAGCACCAGUGCCCCCGUCCUGGCCAAGCUCUGUGGGGCAGUGACCCCCCCUGUUAUCAACUCUACCCGGGAGCAGAUGUACAUCAAACUGAGGACCGACAGCAGCAUCGGAGCAGGGGGGUUCUUGGCCGCCUACACACAGAGUUGCCAGGGCAUGGUCUUAGCCAAUCAGUCCAGGGGUGUGAUUGAGAGCCUUGACUACCCCAACAGCUAUCCCCACGCCUCCAACUGUAGCUGGACCGUCCAGGCCAGCAUGGGGAACACCGUCAACUACACCUUCCUGGCCUUCAACCUGGAGCACUCCACCCCCUGUCGCUAUGACUACCUCAGGCUGCACGACGGGCCGAACGAGCAGGCCCCUCUGAUUGGCUCUUUCUGCGGGAACACGCCCCCUCCGCCCAACACCACCACCGGCUCCACCCUGCACGUGGUGUUCCGGUCCGACUACUCUACCGCACUCUCGGGCUUCCAGAUGCUCUGGUACCAGAAUGGUUGUGGCGGGGAUCUCUCUGGGCCCAGCGGGUCCUUCAACAGCCCCGGUUACCCCGACAGGUACCCCGCAAACCGCGAGUGUCUCUGGUACCUACAGACCGGCCUGGGCACCAGCAUCCAGAUCACCAUCCAUGAGUUUGAUGUGGAGUACCAUCCCGACUGCUCCUAUGAUCUGCUGGAGGUGUACGGGGGUCCCGACCUUUUGGCCCCCCGCUUGGCCCAGCUGUGCACCACGCGCCCCCCCAGCAGCCCCCUCCACGUGUCCAGCACGGGGAACCUGGUGACGGUGCGCUUCAAAAGCGACGCCUACAUCAGUGGGCGGGGCUUCAACGCCAGCUGGCAGGAAGUCCAGGGAGGGUGUGGGGGUAUUGUCACGGCCCCCAGCGGAGAGAUCCAUUCCCCGAGUUACCCCAAUAACUACCCCGACAACGUGGACUGCUCCUGGGUGAUAAAUGUGGACGAUGGCCAUCGCGUUCUCUUCAACUUCACCCUGCUGGAGAUCGAGCCUCACUCCUCCUGUUUGUGGGACUACGUGGCUGUGUACGAUGGCCCCAGUCAGGACUCUCCUCUCCUGGGACGGGUGUGCGGUUUCAGCCGGCCCGACCCCAUCACCUCCACGCAGCGAAGCAUCUACGUGCGCUUCCGCUCCGACUCCAGCCGUAACCACAAGGGCUUCAGCGCCCGCUUCUCCGAAGCUUGUGGAGCUACCAUCGUCAGCGACGAUGUGGGCGGAGCCAUCGCGUCACCCCGUUACCCGUACACCUACCCGCCCAAUCAGAACUGCAGCUGGAUCAUCAAGGCUCAGGAGCCAUUCAACCACGUGACCCUGUCCUUCACCGACUUCAACGUGGAGAAUCGCAACGGCAACUGCUCAUCCGACUUCGUGGAAAUCCUGGAUGGAGACAACUACCAGGCCCCUUCAGUUGGCCGGUACUGCGGGGACGAGGUCCCCCACCCCGUCACCUCCUACAGCGACGCGCUGGUCGUCAAAUUCAUCUCCAACCACGGCUUCUCUGCGAAGGGCUUCCGGGCCACGUACUCCGCCUCCACCUCAGGUUGCGGGGGAGACCUGCAUAUGGAGUCCGGUGCCUUCAACAGCCCAAACUUCCCAGGAGCAUACCCCCCCAACGUGGAGUGCGUCUGGACCAUGACCAGUUCCCCCGGCAACCGCCUCCAACUCUCCUUCAUCACCUUCCAGCUGCAGCCCAGCUCUGGGUGCAGCAGUGACUUCCUGGAGGUUCGGGAGGGGAACUCCACGGGCCACCUGGUGGGCCGGUUCUGCGGCUCCUCCCUGCCCACCAACUACACCUCUCUGGUGGGGCACGUGCUGUGGGCCAGAUUCGUCUCCGACAGCUCUGUGAGCGGCGCCGGCUUCAGGGCCACUUUCUCUCACUUGUACGGUAACGAGAUCACGGGUGAGUCGGGGCAGAUCGCAUCCCCUCUUUGGCCGAGGACUUACCCCAACAACGCAGAUUACCGCUGGACCAUCACGGUUGCCGGCGGUUACUUCAUCCGCAUCCGCUUCCUGGAAAUGGACAUCGAGGACCUGUACGACUGCUACUAUGACAACCUGAAGCUGUUUGACGGGCCCAACGUCCACGCCUACCCUCUCGGGACGUUCUGCGGCCUGGCGCCCCCCCACGCGGUCCACAGCUCGGGCAGCACGGUCACCAUCGAGUUCCAGUCGGACACCAUCGUGGGCGGCCGGGGUUUCCUGCUGGAGUGGACCGCGGUUCAGAGCUCUGGGCCGCUGCCCACCAUCGCGCCAGGAGCCUGUGGGGGCGUGCUCAUGCCUGGAGACACGCCCAUGUUCCUCUUCUCACCUGGCUGGCCGGAGAACUAUGAGCCCUACCUGGAGUGCACCUGGGUGAUCCGCUCGCCUGACUCCACCGUGGAGCUCAACGUGCUCUCCGUUGACAUCGAGGACGAUCCCACCUGCUACUACGACGGCCUGGUCGUCAGGGACGGUGAGACUAACCUGUCCCCCCUGCUGGCUAAUGUCUGUGGGAGAGAGUUACCCGGUCCGCUCCACUCCUCUGGCGACUCCAUGUUCCUCCGCUUCUCCUCUGACGGCAGCGUCAGCGGGCGUGGCUUCAACGCCUCGUACUCUAAAGGCUGUGGCGGGCUCUUCCACGCCGACAGGGGGGUGAUCAGCUCCCCGAAAUACCCGGAGAACUACGCCCCCAGGCUGGACUGCAGCUGGAAGGUGAUGGUGACCCCCGGGUUCCGCGUGACGGUCACCUUCCAGACCCCCUUCCAGGUCCAGGGUUUCGGCACCGCCUGCAGUUCCGGAGACUACCUGGAGUUGAGGAACGGACCUGACGCCUCCGCCCCUUCCCUGGGGGGCCGUCUCUGUGGGGCGAGCCCCCCCUCCAUCACGCAGACGACCGACAACCAGCUGUACGUGCAAUUCGUCUCCGACGACUCCAACGAGAGCAGCGGCUUCAAGCUCACCUUCGAAGCACACAGCCAGGCCUGUGGGGGUACCAUUGAGCUGAGGGACUCAGACCCACCAGCGUACAUCAUGUCCCCCAACUACCCCAAUAACUACCCCCAGAACAUUGACUGUGUCUGGGUGCUUACUGUGCCCAACGGGGAGGCAGUGCAGCUCGACUUCGAGGAUGAAUUCUACAUCGAGCCGUCAAACAGCUGUCCCUAUGACUACCUGGAGCUGCGCAACGGAGCCUCUUCGGACGGCAACAUGAUUGGCCGGUUCUGCGGAACCCAGCGGCCCUCCACCCAGCGUUCCGCCGGCAGCGUCAUGAUGGUCCGUUUCCGUACCGACCACAGCGUCACGCACCGCGGCUUCAAGGCCAAGUUCUCCAUCGCCACGUGUGGGGGCACUUACACGGGCCAAAGCGGCACCAUCCACAGCCCGGGGUACCCAGACGCCAACUACCCGGACGGGUCCAACUGCGAGUGGUACCUGGAGGGGCCCACGGGCCACUACCUGACCCUCACCUACUCCGCCCUCAACCUGCAGAACUCCGUCAACUGCGCCAGCGACUACGUGGAGAUCCGAGAGUACAACGCCUCAGGUCGUCUUCUAGGCAAGCACUGCGGCACGAGAAUGCCCUUACCCAUGGAUACCGGAGACAGCUUCGCCUACGUCAAGUUCGUCAGCGACAGCAGCGGCAACGCUGGCGGCUUCAGCUUGUCCUUCAUGGCCAGCGUCGAAGAGUGUGGAGGUGACCUGAACGCAGCCUUUGGGACCAUCUCCUCCCCGAACUACCCCAACCUGUACCCCCACAGCAGGGUGUGCCACUGGAGGAUCAGCGUCCCGCACGGCCGCCGCGUCACCCUCACCAUCAACGACCUGCGGCUGGAGGACCACGGCCGCUGCCUCUACGACUAUGUGGACGUGAUAAACGGCCUGGCGCCCAACGCCCCUCACCUGCAGCGCUUCUGCGGCACGGUCAGCGCCGGCACGCAGGUGCGGUCCACAGGGAACACCAUGACCGUGGUCUUCUCCACCGACGCCUCCGUCUCCAACGGGGGCUUCACCGCGGACUACUCCUCCGAUGAGGCGGCGGAGUGUGGUGGUAUCCUUGACGACCCCGAGGGCGGUAACUUCACCUCGCCCGGCUACGGCCUCGGCAACUACAGCAACAAUCUGAACUGCGAGUGGCUGAUCCGGAACCCUGGCCACGUCAACUCUUCCAUCGUGGUGAUCAUCGAAGACCUUCACCUGGAGCACCACCAGACCUGCGAGUGGGACUACAUCGAGCUGCGCAUGGGUGACUCUGACGGGGAGCUUCUGGCCCGGUUCUGUGGCCAGACCAGGCCGUCGAUCCCUGUGGUCGUGUUCACCUCCGAGCUCUGGGUGAACUUCCUGUCCGACCAGGCUGUCCGAGACCUCGGCUUCAAGGCCAAGUACAGCUUCACCGACUGUGGGGGUCUGCAGACCGGAGAGGGGGGUGUGAUCGCCAGUCCUGGUUACCCCAACAACUACCCCAGCCCCAGCCGCUGCGCCUGGCUCCUAGAGGCCCCCGAGGGCCACACCAUCACACUCACCUUCACUUAUUUCCAAGUGGAGCCUCACCAGCAGUGCUCCUGGGACUCGGUCACCAUCAUGAAUGGAGGGUCCCCAGGGUCCCCUCUGAUUGGCCAGUACUGCGGGGACACCUCGCCUGGAACCAUCCAAUCAGGGUCCAACAAGCUGGCCGUGGUGUUCCUGGCUGACCACAGCGUAUCCCGGGGAGGUUUCCGGGCAACCUGGUCAGCUGACUCCUCCGGCUGCGGAGGGGUGAUCCACGCGGACAGCGGGACCAUCAAAUCCCCCGGGUACCCCCAGAACUUCCCCCCGAACAGUGAGUGCACCUGGCGGGUCAUCGGGCACGAGGGGUACCACCUGGAGAUGAGCUUCUCCAGCGACUUCCAGAUCCCAGACUCCAGCGGGCAGUGCCAGGGCAGCUUCGUCAAGGUGUGGGCGGGUCAUAGAGAGCAGAAUGACCGCCUCCUGGUCACGGCCUGCGGAUCGACCGCCCCUGGCCCGGUCGUCGCGCCCUACAACGCCAUCACCACCCGCUUCCAGUCCUCCGGAAGCCCUGGAAAAGGCUUCUCCGCUUCCUUCCUGUCCCGGUGCGGGGCCAACUUUACUGCCCCCACUGGCACGGUGGUGUCCCCCAACUACCCCGACCACUACCCCCACCGCUCCAACUGCAACUACCUGGUGGAGCCCGGAGCCCAGGCCGUGGUCAUCAUUGAGUUCCGCACCUUCCAGGUGGAAGCGCACUCCACCUGUCUGUAUGACGGGGUGAAGGUGUACAGGGGAGCGUCCCAGUCCAGCCCCCUGCUGGCCACGCUGUGCGGCAGCACCAUCCCUGGACACUUCUCCGCCUUCGGCCCCAUGCUGCUCAACUUCUACUCCGACUCCUCCGUCAACGACAACGGCUUCCUGGCGGAGUACACCGUCAUCCCGUGCGGGGGCGUGUUCAACGGAACUGCCGGGUCCGUCAGUAGCCCCGGCCUCUCCCUCACCGACUACCACCACAACAUGAACUGCACCUACCACAUCACCGUCAGGGCCAACAGGAUCGUCCAUCUCAAGUUCAACACCUUCCACCUGGAAGCCUCCUCCACCUGUUACUAUGACUACGUGGCGGUGUAUGACGGACAGGACACCCUGGCCCCGCUGCUGGGGAAGUUCUGUGGGCGUGUCAUCCCGCCCACCCUCAAGUCCUCUUCCAAUCACCUUUUCCUCGUCUUCAAGACUGACAGCUCUGUGGCGGCUGUGGGCUGGAGGGCCACGUACAGCGAGACUUUGGGCCCCCAGCAGGGUUGUGGGGGUUACCUGAGCACGCCCACCGGAGGGUUCGGCUCUCCGGACAUUGACCUGGAUGGCAGGUACGAGCCGCGAUUGGACUGCCUGUGGACCAUCGCCAUGACAACCAACAAGGUGGUCAACCUCACCUUCACCGCCUUCCACCUAGAGAGCGCGUUUGGAAGCAUCUGCAGAUAUGACUACGUCAAGAUUUAUGACGGCGACAACAUCAACUUCCCGUUGGUGGGCACGUUCUGCGGCAGCACCGUCCCCGCCCCCUUCGUCUCCACGGGCAACUUCCUGACCGUGCGCUUCGUCACGGACAGCUCCGUGUCGCUCAGCGGCUUCAACGCCACCUACCGGGCGGUCGACAAGAUCUGUGGAGGUAUCCUGAACGCCACAAGCUCCGCCCAGACCAUCACCUCCCCCUUCUACCCCAGCGCCUACCCGGAGUACACCUCCUGCCGCUGGGUCCUGGACGCGCCAGCGCAGGAGAGCGUCAAAAUCGCAGUGCAGCAGUUCCACCUGCAGCCCAGCCAGAGCUGUACUCAGAACUACCUGGAGAUGAAGGACUGGCCUGGGGGAGAUUACGGCCAGACGCACAAGUUCUGCGGCACGGACUCGCACGUCCCCGACUUCUACAGCUACGGGCGCACCAUGCACCUCACCUUCAAAUCCGACAGCUUCGCCCCCGGCAACGGCUUCAGCCUCACCUAUCAGAUCGCAGGCUGCAGCAGGGUGUAUGAACAGGCCUAUGGGUUCCUGAAGAGCCCGGGAUGGCCCGAGGUGUACCCCCACAACAUGGACUGCACCACCGUCCUGCGCGCCCCCCAAAACAGCUCCAUCUCCCUCUUCUUCCACAGCUUCAGUGUGGAGAACCACCCCUCCUGUAACUACGACUUCCUGGAGGUGCGGAAUGGCAGCACAAGCUCCGCCCCUCUGUUGGGGAAGUUCUGUGGGAGCACGCUGCCCGACCCCAUCUUCCCCCGAGCCAAUGAGCUCUUCCUGCGCUUCAAGACCGACUACUCUGGCGUCCGCGACGGCUUCGAGAUCACCUGGGCCUCCUCUCCGCAGGGCUGUGGGGGGAUACUGUAUGGAGAACACGGCUCCUUCACCAGUCCCAGUUUCCCCGGCACCUACGCUAACGGCUCCCGCUGUGAGUGGGGCGUCCGAGCGCCUGUGGGACGCGUGGUGACCGUCACCUUCGCCCAGUUCAGCAUCGACGACCCCGGGGACUGCCAGAGCAACUACCUGAAGCUCUACGACGGGCCGGACGCCGCUGGCCCACCUGUGGGACCCUACUGUGGCGCUGAGACCAACAUCGCUCCGUUCACCGCCUCCUCCAACCAAGUCUUUAUCCAGUUCCAGGGGCAGUACUCCACCCUGCCCUCUGGAUUCAGACUCACCUGGAGCAGCUGAGGAGAUCACACACACACAUAUAGACGCAUACACACAUACACACACACUCACACACAUAUGCACACACUCAUACUCACUCACACACACUCACGCAACACACACUCAUUCUCACCAAUCAGAUUUAAACAUGUAAAUUGUCAAAAAUGUGAUUUAAAAAUAUUUUUGAUGAAAGCAUUUGUCUAUAAAUGAUUGUUUAUAAAUUAAAAAAUAUAUUUUA